UCCCUCCUUCUCCUCAAGGACCCCCCCCUCCUCCCCCCCCCCAAAAAAAAAAACAAAAAAAAACACCCAACCGCCGCCUUCAGGGUUGCUGUUUGUGGCGUUUCCAGGCUAACAGAUCACAGUCAAGUAUUCUGGAGUCUUCAAAACUGGAAAAAAGGGAAUGAACCGUGAGGCUGUUCCGGGGAAGAGUCCGGAGGAGAUGUACAUUCAGCAGAAAGUGAGAGUCCUGCUAAUGCUUAGAAAGAUGGGAUCAAACUUAACCAGCAGUGAAGAGGAGUUCCUGCGGACGUAUGCAGGAGUAGUGAAUAGUCAGCUUAGCCAGCUUCCUCAGCACUCUAUUGACCAAGGUGCGGAGGAUGGCGUGAUGGCAUUUUCCAGAUCAGAGACCGAAGACAGAAGACAGUAACUGGAGCGGCUCUAUGUGCUAUAUAGAACUGGAAAAGGGGCAAACGAAGCGCCGGGCAGGUCGAGGAAGAUGAGCGGUCACCCUUCGGUCCCUUUGCCCUGCCCUAAAGUCGGUGUGUCCCCACCAUAGCUUCCCCUGCUCUAAAUUCUCUUCUCAUCUCCAGCCCUCCUGAAUGCAUUUCACAGCCCUCGGUUCCCUUCCCCUAUUAUUUUGGCUCCGUAGGUUUGUCGCCGAUCCAGGAUGACUCCAGGAAUGCAUUUAGGAUUGGCUUACCCGCCCCCACCUCCACCCAUAACAAGUGAACCAAUUGGCAGAUUCGGAGAAGAAAAACCGUGGCAGCCCCUCCCCACCCCCCUCGUGUUUAAUUUUGCUUUUUUUAAAAAAUAAUAAUAAUUAAUGAAUGGUUCCUGAUGUCCCACUUGCCAAGCCUUUAGGCUCCAGUGCUUAUAUAGGUCAGGUUGGUGUGUUUUUGGAGAGGGGCUUGGUCGUGGGCAAGUGGAAGAGGCCCGGGGUGGAAAGGCUUGUAGAUGUUUUGCUGAGAUCAGUGUUUUCUUUUGCUGGAAUCUGAGGGGUGGGGGGGGGAGGACAGAGGGGAAGAGGGGAAUCAGUGUAUUUUAGUUACCGCUUUGCAAUUUCUGGAGGGACGGUGGGAGAGGCAGAUCUUUGGCUCUAUUUAUUAUAAGAUUGCUUGAGUUUCAGAAAAAAAAAGCCAGUGUUAAGGGGCCGACUUUCAGCCGAUUGCAAAAUCUGCCCGUCUGGGGUUGCUGCCGCUCAGAAAUUCCUGGAUUUCUGGGGUGUCUUUAGACUGAAAGGAAGCGCUCAAAAGCCCGGAGUUGAGAUGGUGAAUCUCCAAUUUAAAAAAAAAAAAAAAAUCAAGAAACUACAUUUGUGCUCAGGAGGAGAUUUGCUGUCACUCUGCCGGCGUUGAUGAGUUGCAAAAUCUGUAACCCUCUUCAGAUUGGACCUGUUUUGCUGUAGCUCUUUGAUAGCGUAUUUCGGGGGGCAAUUAAAAUCUACUCUCAAUGGCUCCAGGUGGUAGAACCAAUUCGCAGUAUUAGUUAUAGACCAGAGUAUUAAAUUCCCAAAAGCGCCUUCAUCCAUGUAUUUCCUUCCAGGAAGGCAGCAUUGCUAGCUGGAGAAUUCUGGGGGUUGAAGUCCAGACAUCCUUAAAGUUGCCAAGGUUACGAACACUAGCCUAGGAGAAAACGAGAAUUGAUUUGCAGGGAGGGUGAAAUGAAAUUAAUUCAUUUCUUGGGCGCCAAUAGUGAAAUCAACAAUAAAUGUAGUUUUACCUUUACAGUAAAGUUUUAAGUUCCUCUAGAAUGUUGAAUUUUUGGUCUUUUUGGAUUUGAUUUUUUUUUUUUUUUUAAAUAUGGAUGGAGAAGGCCAGCUUUUGAAAAGGACAAAUUCUUUUUCCAGGUUACACUUAUUUUCCACACGGCAGGGACUCCAGAUUUUCUUCCUUGCGUUAUGGGAAAUUGUCUUCCCUUAGAAGAUAAAACCGAUGUUUGUGUCUAACCCUCCUUUUCAAUAAAUGGUACAAUUUGGACUGUGCUUUUGUGGUCAGGAGCAACUUCCAUUCUACCAUCACUCUGGUGCUGUUCGUUUGCUUCAUUAACUUUUUUUUUUUUUUAAAUCUCCUUCAGUGGUGCUCUUCGAAAAAAACCUCGUCAUUCACCCAUCCUCAACAACGCUGUCUUUUAAUCAUUUGCCCUUAAUUCGGUGGCUGCGUUUUCCUCCGAAAACUGCACGGCAUUUCUAUCUUGCCUGCCGCAAACGUCCCCUUCCAAAAUCCAUUCGUUACAGCAGUUUUAAAAAGAGCUACUCGCUCUGCCCCAGCUCUUUUUCCAGUCCUGUCCUUCUGUGUUGUAUAGGGAUGAGAUGUUGAACAAACUGGUGCCAACCCAGGAUCGGUGCCAACAGUAUAAAUGUUGGGGGGGGAAAAAGUGGUCUUCAAGAAAGCCCAUUUAAGGCUCAAUCUGGUGUCUGGAUGGGUUAAAUAGGCAAAUGUGGCUCAUAGGCUGUCGGUGUGCUCGGCGUUUCCAAACUGCUAAGAAAAGCAAAAUUGAGUGUGUCUGUUUUGUAAAACCUCCCGGAGGGCUAAAAUGUACCUUGAAUUGGAGUGGGAAAAUACAGUUUUAAGAGCU